UUUUUCUUGUUUAUUGUUAGGGUGGAGUUUUUGUUUUAUUUUUUUAAUUAAGCUGACUGUAUUCCCCACCCAUGGGCGCAGGUGUGUCUACCUGGCAUGGGAAGUUUCUAACGCGGAAGUUUUUAGGACUGUCAUGGUUGCAGGGAGAGUGCGGCGGACUGGUUUAGCUGCUCUGUAAAACGAAAUACGCAAAACAGCAGCUUGUUUGGGCGCUGCGCCUACUUAGGCUUUCUGGACUUUCCGACCCGAGUCCUCAGCAGGACUACGACCCAAUGGCAUCUCCCGGACCGGUGAGUACCAGCAGCCCGGUGCAGGGAGCGGGGCUCGGGGAGAGCCCGUCGAUGAGCACUGAGAAACUGAGCUCCUCGGCUGUCAAUCGCAUGUUAAUGGAGUUUCUGAUUUACUGCGGGAGAGCCGUGUUCGUCUUCUACCCCGUAUACCUGACGGGUUACCUGGGCCUCAGCAUUAGCUGGGUGCUGCUGUGCAUGUUUAUGCUCACUUGGUGGAAGAAAAAUCGCCAGUGGAAGGACGCCCGGAUCGGAUCGGCUAUUGACUUUGUGGACAAUGAAAAGCACACGAUCAACACCGAGCUGAAAGGUUCCCUACAAAUGGCAUCUUGGGUGAAUUUCACUGAUGUGGAGAAGGUUCAGUGGCUUAACAAGGUGUUGGAGCAGGCGUGGCCUUUCUUUGGGAUGUACAUGGAGAAGCUAUUAAGAGAAAACAUCCAGAAGUCUGUCAGGGCCUGCAAUACUGCACUCAAAGCAUUUACUUUUACCAAGAUCCAUUUUGGAAACAUACCUCUCAAGAUCACUGGAAUAAGAGCAUACACACAUGAAGUGGAACAUAGGGAAGUGAUUCUGGACAUGAACUUAAGUUAUGUUGGUGAUGUGGAUAUCGAUGCUCAGGUGAACCCAGCAAUCACAGCUGGUGUGAAAGGACUUAAACUCCACGGGAUGAUGAGAGUUAUUUUAGAGCCUCUUAUUGGUCAAGCCCCCCUGGUGGGAGGAGUCACUUUUUUCUUCAUUCGCCGCCCUACACUAGAAAUAAACUGGACUGGCAUGACAAACGUUCUGGACAGCCCUGCUUUUGGUUCACUGUCAGAGGACACCAUCAUAGACAUCAUCGCUUCUCUCAUGGUGUUGCCCAACCGCAUGUGUAUUCCCCUCAUAGACCAGGUCAAAAUGGACCAAAUGAGGUUUCCACUUCCUCGUGGGGUGGUGAGGGUCCACUUGCUGGAGGCAAGAGAUCUGGUGGCUAAGGACACAUACAUGAUGGGUUUAGUGAAAGGCAAAUCAGACCCCUAUGCCACACUCAGAGUGGGCAACAGAAAUUUCAAAAGCAAGACCAUCAAAGAGAAUUUGCACCCAAAAUGGAAUGAAGUGUAUGAGUUUGUUGUCCACGAAGCGCCGGGCCAAGAGCUGGAAUUAGAGCUCUAUGAUGAGGAUACAGACAAAGAUGAUUUUCUUGGAAGAUAUAACCUCGAUUUGGGAGAAGUGAAGAGGGAAAAACAAAUGGAUCAGUGGUUUGCUCUGGAGGACAUACAGCAUGGUGAAGUUCAUCUGAAGCUCCAGUGGUUUUCCCUUCAGACUGACACCAGCCUGAUGAAGGAGUCCACCGACAACCUUGCCUGUGCUAUGCUUGCAGUGUAUCUGGACAAUGCCACUGAUCUACCAAAAGAUGGCCGUGAGGCUGCAGACCGUCAUAAACAUGGGAAGAACCCCAAAGAAGCACGGCUCACAAAGAGAGUCGCCUGCCCCAACUCCUUUGUUGAAUUUUCCGUUGACAAGGAUGUUAAGAAAAGCAAGGUUGUGUAUGCUUCCAAAGACCCGGUGUGGGAGGAGGGCUUCACCUUCUUUGUGCGUAACGUCAAAGCGCAGCACCUCUCUAUUCAGGUGAAAGAGCCUGAGAAGAAGAAUCCACUCGGUGUUCUCAACUUGCCCCUCAGUCGCCUCCUCAACACCUCCGACCUGACUCUAGACCAGCGCUUCUUGCUGGAGCGCUCUGGAGCAACCAGCCAGAUCAAACUGAAGGCCACUCUGAGGAUUCUUAAAUUGGAAGAGCCUCCACCCAAGCCUAUCGUCAACCCUCCUUCAGAAGUCAAACAGCAACAGACCAAAAAAGAAGGGAAUACCUCAGUCUCCAGUCCCUCCAACGCUCCAUCCUCCUCUAACGUAGUUUCCUCCAAAGAAAUUCCUGUUGUCUCUACUCCGAAACAAGUGCCAACUUCACCAAAUGAAGGUUAUUUAGCUCAACGCCGUGGCUCCUUCCAGGCACCUGAAAACAGGAAGGAAUCAUCUUCAUCAGGAAACUUGCGUCGGUUCGACUCUCACAGCCUCCUGUCGGAGAACUCCAUUGCUUCAUCACGAUUCGACCUGUCAGAUGGAGCCACCUAUCCAGAGGCCAUUAGGAAUCAUCAGGGUUCGUUUGGAGAGAUUGAGCUGGUUAUACGCUACGCAACCCUGAGACAUAAGCUUGUUGUCAUUGUUAACAGGUGCAGGAACCUAUUCCCCUGCAGUGAGAACGGCACAGACUCUUACGUCCGCCUGUAUCUCCUCCCCGACCAAACCUGGAAGCAUCGUAAGAAGACGCAUGUCAAGAAGAGGACAACUAAUCCUGUCUUCAAUGAAAAGGUUGAGUUUGACGUCUUACUCGAGCAAGCACAAACUAGGAAGUUGGAUGUGUCUGUGAAAAAUAACAAGAUGUUGGUUUCCAGAGAGAGAAAGGACAUUGGCUCGGUAAUAAUAGAUCUUUCAGAAAUAGAUCUAGUCAAAGGCAUCACAGUGUGGUAUGAGCUCACUCUACCCGGGCUGAAGAAGUAAGUGUAGCACAUACAACUGAGAGAAACUUCAGCUUGAAAAGCUGUUGCUGCAACCGCUGCAGAGAAAAUGACAGAAGUUCAUACUCCUUACGCAUCCGAAACACAGCAAACUAAGAUUUGUGUGUGUGUGUGUGUGUGUGUGUGUGUGUGUGUGUGUGUGUGUGUGUGUGUGCGUGCGUGUGUGUGUGUGUUGUAACAAAAAAGACCCUUAAUAGCAAUGGAAAAAAGGUUUGUGCAAGCAAAGCAAUGUCUAUAUUUUGGUUAUUUCAUCUGAACCAAAGUUCAUCUUUUGUGUUUUAUUGUAAAUAGAUUUAUUGACAGUUUUAUGUAUAUAUAUUGGGGGAAAUCAGGUAAAAGCCAAAUGUUCGUUACAGCAAUGUAGAUGAGUGAGUGCAUGGUGAGGAUGGAUUACACACUUUGAUAAACACUGAAAUGCACAAAGUCCCACUGAGCAGAUUUUACAUCGAGGCAGCUGAGCUGUUCUGCAGCUCAUUGGAAGUAAAACUGCAUCCAAGAAGGGCACAAGCCAAGUUCUUUGGCCUCAGUUACUGACUCAAUAGGAUAUUAUUCCUUUUCAACCUAAUCCUCUCAGACCAUUCAAAAUAACAUGUCAGUACACCGUCAUUCUCUUUAUGAAGGACUACAGUUCUGAGCUGAGUAGUUAAUCAGAGGUUUGACAUAAACACUUCAAAGAAAGAUGGGUUUUUUUGUAUUUAUGUAUUAUUUAAAAGAAAUCUCAAUUGUAGUUGGUAAAUUUGUUACAACAGGUGGCAGAAUAUUUUUAGUAGAACUGUCUUCAGACUACCAGAGAUCUAUGGUGGUUUAAAGACUUUGUCUUGGCUAAUAGUUUGAUGUUUUUCUGUUUUACAUUAAUUAUUGAGCAGGGAAUCUGUUCCCGGUUGUUGUUUUUGAGCUGAAGCUAAAAGGGACAUUUAUUUUCAAUUCAUAUUUAUGGCAAAUAAAUAUCUUCAAACAAAUACAUGGUUGAUUUGACAUCAUUUCACUGUGCGAGUGUGAUUGUGAAAACGAUAAAUCUCUUCAGGCAGCUUCCCAGAUGACCAGCUGGGGGUAUAGACUCCCUAUUCUCCCCCCUGAACGCAGGGAAUAUGUAAUCAGUCAGGUUUGUUAGUCUGUUUAUUAGCAGUCUAGCAUCCAGAGCUUUCCAAGAUAUCCUUUUCAAAUUUUGUGUGAUGGUAGAUAAUAUGCUUAUCCAAAAAUAAAGAUUGUAAGAGUGUCAUGAUCUUGGGUCUGGUGACCCAGUGUUUUUGUGUUGAUCAUUAAUAUUCUCUGUUUUGUGGUUCUCAUGGUUUAGUCUUUUGUAUUUGUAGCUCCCUAAGUUAGGUAUUUUGUGAUUUCUAGGCUUUAGAUUUUGUUACUGUGCCUCCCUGAAUUCCUUGUGUUAUGCCUGGUCGCCCUAGUUUCCAUGUUUGUGAAUUUCUUGUUUUACUUUGACAGUCCUGCGUUAGUCUGUUCUGAUUCACUUUCUCCCUGCCUCAUGUGUGUGAUUAGUCCCGUGUGAUUAAUCCCAGCUGCAUUCCCUCCUGUUCCUCAUUCCCUCAUUACCCUCUUGUGUAUCAGCCGCCAAACUGACCUGUUAAAGGGGAUGAUGAGCACAGAGACGCACGAAAAGUGAGCAGGAGGAAAAGAAACGCGUGCAAGCCAGCGUAUGUUAUGGCAGGCGAUUUUUGGCACUAAUGGCUUGCCAUAGCGGUGUGCCUCUGCCUGCAUCCGUGAGUAUCGCUUUCCCACUGGAGCAGCUUUGCCAGGGGAGGGUCGCAGCGGCUGUGCCGACAACGUUGCUGGCCCGUGUCUGUUUGUUUCAGGGCGGUGCUACGAGGGAGGCCGUGUUCAGGUGUGGAGUGUCGCUGUACUGUGCGGUGACGCGCCGUCAAGAGGAGACCGGUCUGUGACAGGGGAAUUAGCGUAUGGGAAACAUUGUAGUAUUCGUUUGGGUAGUGUAUAUUUAUUUCUGCCGGCAGGGUUUGAAGCGUAUUGAGAACGUUAUUUUUAUUGUAUAGGGGUAUUUUAAAACUGUAUUUGUAAUCCUGGUUUUGUCUUCUUCCAUGAAAAUAAAUGGUGUGUUUAAGGCCGACUUAGUCUCUGUGCCCUGAGCGCUGACCCACUCACUCCCCUUCUUUACCACGAAGUCCGUUCACAUACUAGAUUUAGAUCUACCGGUCUUAGCGGUUACAUUGAAACACGCUCAAAGUUCAAACCUUCGUAGAUUAAGUCCAGUAUUACAGAAUGAAAACCAAAGAUCAAACCCAGUUUUCAAGUCCAGAACAUGGGAGGCAGCUGCGAAAGGAUUCUGCAUUUAUGGUACAGCAGUAGAGAAAGCAGAAAGAAUGAGUUUAACUUACCUGUUUUGUUUCGCUUAAUGCGGUGCACCGUAU